CACUCACUUCUGAUGGGUAAGGGACAAAUAUCCGUGGCCCACUGAUCAAAUUGGAGGCAGAAGCUGUGGUUGGUUGUAUAUGAAUAGAAAAUUAUUGUAAUAAAGAUGGAGAUUUGCUGGGAGUAAGCGUCCAGAGACUCUUCUACCAAAAAAAUUCAAAUUUUCAGAAGCCGUGCCGUCUUGGGUGUUCAAGGCAUUUGGCUUCUAGCAGACAAAGCUUCAUCCUCAAGCUACGUCAUCUUCUUUUCUUCCUUUAUUUUUAUAAUUUAUCCAUAAGAGCUCCCCUGUAUAAACUUGACUACUUUUGAUGAACUAAUGGCUCAGAUCAUUUGAUCAAUCUGUUUCUUCUCAAAUCUAAGAAAUGGGUCCAUGUCCUUCAAUGGCUGAUCACAGAUUGAACUUGUUAGAACAGAUCCAUAUGAACAGAGCCAACUUGGUUUACUUCUGAGUCCAAGAAAAAGGAAAGCUUUCCCUGUUUCUACCGUCCGAGGCUAGAAAGGAAAGGAUAGCUCGAGAUUUCAACCUAUCCAAUGCCCGAGAACGCUUUUGAAGCCUUAAAAUUUGGAUUCAAGUUUCCCGUCGUGUGGGUUUGACUUCUUGACUAGUUUUGCACGAGUGGAUUACCGAUAAAUUCACCUCUUUCCUCUGUUCCAUGCUUCCUUCUACUUUUUGAGUUCUGCAAGGUGCAGGGCUACUGUGUUUUUAGCCAAUUUAUGAGUUGGGUAGUACCAGAUUUUCCAUUAUAGAUUGAUGAUCAUCUAAUGACCUUCUAUGAUUUCUGAUGAUGGAUGUUGCAAGCCCAAAAACAAAUCCUCUGGUACCAAGUCCCUUCUCAUCUCCAAAUGUUGCUGCUUUGCUCAAGAUCAAAAUCAUUGCAUGGAGCCAAGAGACUGGUUUGCCAGUGUCGGUUCGAGUGCGGGUUGAUGACAAAGUCUUUGAACUGCACAAGCACCCUCUGCUUUCAAAGAGUGGAUACUUCAAGAAGGCAUUGAAUGGAUCAACAGAGCUAGAGCUACCGGGUAAUUUUCCUGGAGGAUCCAAAGUGUUUGAGAUGAUUGCUUUGUUUACCUAUGGUUUUUCAGCACCAAUAGACCCCUUCAAUGUAGCGGCCCUGCGAUGUGCUGCAGAGUUUCUCGAAAUGACAGAAGAUUACGGCUGUGGCAACCUCUGCGAGCGCACAGAUCUGUAUCUAAACCAAGUUGCAUUACAGAGCUGGGAUGAUACACUGAUUGUCCUUCAAAAGUGCCAGACACUACUCCCAUGGUCUGAAGAACUACUGAUUGUGUGUCGAUGUCUUGAAUCCCUGGCUUUCAUGGCUUGCAUGGAGAUUCUUGAUCCAGAACGGAGACGCGAAAGGCCUGUUGUAACCUUAGAUGCGUUGGCAAAUCAAGCUUGGAACUGUGAGGCUGUGAAGGAAAUUGCAGGCCAGGAUCUUUGGAUCAAAGAUUUUAUAGCUCUACCAUUUGAAUUUUUCAAAAGGAUAAUUGGGUCCUUAAGAAGACAGGGAAUGAAGGAGAAGUAUGUGAGUCCCCUGGUAGUCUUCUAUGCAAACAAAUGGGUUAUUUCAAAGAAGACCAAUCAGUUUUGGUUGAAUAUGGAUGAUAGUGAUGGAGCUGUAGACGCUACCGGUAAGGUUUCUGUCAUACUACAAGGUAUACUCGAUUUGCUGCCCAUGGGAGAGAAGGCCAGCAGAGUAAUUCCAGUCGGAUUCUACUUUGCUUUACUCUCUAAAGCUCUUCAUAUGAGUCUAAAAAGUGAAAGCAAGAUCGCAUUGCAAGAUCAGAUUGUUUCUCUAUUGCAGAUGGCACAGGUGGAUGAUUUUCUGCUCCCAGGAAGUGGCAUAGAAGCAAUUUCAUCCAGCAUGGAAUUGGUUACCAUGGAGAGCAUAGUUUCAUCAUAUGUAUCACUAUCAUCAAACCAGGAGACGAGCAUUGUUGCAGGACUGUGGGACACUUAUCUUUCUCGAAUAGCUUCUGAUCCAGAAAUGGAGCCAAGAAGAUUCAUGGAUCUUACGAAGAUCAUACCAAUUUCUCACAGACAGACCCAUGAUCAUCUCUACAGAGCAAUGAGCAACUUCCUAUUGGAGCACCCGAAUUUAUCUCAAGAGGAGAAGGCAUCGGUCUGCAAACACCUGAACUGCCAGAAGCUGUCACAAGAGACUUGCAUCGAAGCUGUUCAAAAUGAAUUCAUGCCGUUGCGUCUGAUUGUCCAAGCACUAUUUGUUCAGCAACUGAACACACACAAGGCCUUCAAAGAUUGUUCUGACUCAUUCACGUAUGUGCAUCGUGGAGAUUUCUCAGGAAGCAUUCCCAGUUCAAGAUAUCCAAACACCAAUAGCCAGAACCUAGGAGAUCAGAGUCCAUACAAAGAAGCAGUAGGAGGAGAGUCCAUUAGUAGGCCUUUGGGUUUCUUGCUACAAAAGGAUGUCAUCUCAAGAAAGGAUUAUGAGUCCACAAGCUUCAGGAUUCAGAGCCUUGAACAGGAACUCAUGUCACUGAAAAGAAGCCUUCAGUGGCAAAUGAUGCCAAAAGAAUCGGAGCCAAUUAACUGUGACAAACCACAGAGCAUGCGACCAUACGGUUUGCAGGGUAGAACAAUGAGUAAGAAGAAGAAUCCUCUUGGACAAGUAACCGGUUGCAUUGGUUCUGUGAGUUUUACUUCCCAAAGAAAGUAUGCCAAUAGCCUACUUAAGGUCUUUCGGAGGUUUGUCCUCUUUGGCAAAGGCAAAUCCAAGACAAAGAAAAGCCCCUCCAGCCUAUGGCCAAGUAAUUGUAGCAGGAAUGACUUUCUACAAUCAUGAAAUCCUUGUGAAAUUUAGAACUAGUGGAAAUGGAAUUAUACUCGACAAUAUCUCAAUUCUCACCCUACAUAAUGAAUUCUGAUUUGUAAA